AUGAAGACUUUCGCUAUCAUUGCUUUAGUUGGAGUUGCAUCCCUUGCUCUCUACUCAAUGGCCCCAUCAGUUGAUUCUGGUGUUGAGACCAAAUUCCAAGAGUUCCUCGCCACUUACGGUCAGAACUACGGAACCACCGAAGAGUACAACUACAGACUCGGUGUCUUCAAGUCCAACUUGGAAUCCAUUGCUCAGAUGAACGCUGAGGACCAGGGUGUUGAAUUCGCCAUCAACGAAUUUGCUGACCAGACCCCAGAAGAAUUUGCCGUCAGAUUCGGAUUCAAGCAACCAGUCGGAACCAAGAAAUCCACUGCCACCCAUGUUAAAGCUCUUGAGGGAGACAACAAGGACUGGAGCGGAAUGUGGGAGUCCGUCAAGAACCAAGGUGCUUGUGGAUCAUGCUGGGCCUUCUCUGCUGCCGCUACCUUCGAAGCCAGAUACGAACUCGCUCACGGACAGACCAACACUGAUGCUUUGUACUCUGAACAAGAACUCGUUGACUGUGAACCUCAAUCAGAUGGAUGUGAAGGUGGAUUAAUGGACUUCGCUUUCGAAUAUCUUGUCGACCAAGCCUUCUGUACUGAACAACAAUACCCAUACACUGCCAGAGAUGAAACCUGUAAGGUUACCAAGUGUGCCGGUGGACCAAAUGACGCUGGAUUCACUGAUGUUGCUGAGAAGGACGAACAAGCUCUCGUUGAUGAACUCAUGAACGGACCAGUCGCCGUUGCUGUUGAUGCUUCCAGAUGGCAAUUCUACAGAAAGGGAAUCUUCUCCAACUGCAGAGACAGCCUCAACCACGGAGUCACCCUUGUUGGUGUCAACUUCGACGAAGAAUCUUUGAAGAUUAGAAACUCAUGGGGAAAGAGCUGGGGAGAAAGCGGACACAUCAGACUCGCUCUUAACAAGAACACCUGUGGUGUUGCCGAAGCUGCUUCAGUCCCAACCUUCUAAAUUGCAUAAUUUAUCUAAAUUUUGC